AUGUUAGGAACGCUGGUAGGCAGUCUGCUGACCGUCGAGGGUGCACUGCUGGUGGCUCUGGUAGCCCUACUCUACUACUAUGCGGUCGUACGGAAUAUGCGCUUUUUUGUUGAGCGUGGCGUACCGUACCUGCCGCCCGUACCGCUGCUCGGCAAUAGUGCCGACUUUAUUACCCGCAAGCGCCACAUUACGGACGUGCUCAGCGACAUGUAUGCCCGGUUUGGGCAGCACCGUUUCUUCGGCUACUUUGACUUCCUGUCGCCGAUCUUUGUGGUGCGCGAUAUGGAGCUGGUGAAGCAGAUCUGCAUCAAGGACUUCGACCACUUCAUCAACCAUCGGAUCGAUCUGGACGAGAACCACGAUCCACUGUUUGGGCGGGCGUUGUUUGCGAUGCGCGACACCCGUUGGCGUAAUAUGCGUACCGUGCUGAGCCCUGCCUUUACCGGCAGCAAGAUGCGGCUAAUGUUUGGUCUCAUUACGACCUACUGCGAGGGUGCGAUGCGCACGAUACGGUCCGAGAUGGGUGCGGACGGGACGGCCGAGCUGGAGAUGAAGGAACUUUUCCGUCGGUUCGGCAACGAUAUCGUGGCGACCUGCGCGUUCGGCAUCGAGAUUAACUCGUUCAAGGAUCGAACCAAUGCAUUCUUCACGCUCGGCAAAGAGCUGACGAAUCUGGAAGGUGUGCAAGGAAUUAAAUUUCUUGCGUUCUCGUCGUUCCCGCGAGUGAUGAAGGCGUUGCGGCUACGGCUGUUUAGCUCUAGGAUGACUACCUUCUUCCGGAGCGUGGUGAUGGAUACGAUUGCGCAGCGGGAGCAGCGAGGUAUCGUGCGGCACGACAUGAUCAAUUUGUUGAUGCAGGCCCGCAAGCAGGAGCUUCGGUUUGACGAAAACGAUAACAUUGACACGAGCGGUGAAGGAUCGCCGAAACGAUUGAUGGACUGGACUGAUGACGAUUUGACAGCUCAGUGUACAGUGUUCUUCUUCGGCGGGUACGAUACCGUCUCCACACUGUCCGCUUUUAUGGCUCACGAGCUCGCCGUCAACCCGGACGUCCAGGAGCGUCUGCGGAAGGAGAUAGACACCGUGCGCACCUCCAUCGGUGGUUCCGACAAGCUGACGUACGAAACAUUACAAUCGAUGCGCUACCUAGACAUGGUGGCGUACGAAACGCUACGCAAAUGGACGCCCGCCCCAUUCCUCGAUCGGACCUGCAGCAAGCCGUACGUACUGGAGGACUAUGACGGCCACAAGGUACAGCUCCAGAAGGGUGACGGUUUGUGGAUACCGGCAGCAGCGAUUAUGCGCGACCCGCAACUAUUUCCCGACCCCGAUCGCUUCUGGCCGGAACGCUUCGCACCGGACAGCGAGGUGCCGAUCGAUUCGGCCACCAUGCUAUCGUUCGGGCUGGGACCGCGCAACUGCAUCGGGUCCCGGUUCGCACUGAUGGAAACGAAGGCCGUGUUCUUCUACCUGUUGACACAUUUCUUCCUGGAGAAAGGACCACGCACGCAGCAUCCGAUCAAACUGAAGAAGACUAGCCUGAUACUGUCGGCCGAGAAGGGCUCCUGGAUACGCUUCCGGCUGCGGGACCAGAGUGCCGCCAAGGGUAAUUGAG